AUGACUCAAAAUUCAAGCAACCAAUCGAUGAAUGGUAUCAGCCCUGACAAUAUCGAUCCUCAGCACAUGUCAUUUAACACUGAAGAGUUCAACUUUAAUGAUGCAAGACUUUCAGUUGUUCACUCAUUUCGUCUUCUGAAAGAAAUCAACAAUGGAAGCUUCGGAGUGGUCUACUUCGCAGAAAACUAUUGGAAUAAGGAGCAGGUUGCAAUCAAAGUGAUGCGCAAAAAAGAAGUCAACAGAACUCCAUACCUGAGACACCGAGCGAACGAGGAGCGUAGAAUUCACUCACAAUUGUGUUAUUCGCCACAUAUAAUCAGACUGCGCAUUUGUUUCACAACUACAUCCCGAUACUGCAUGAUGAUGGAUUUAGCCAGCCAACAAACCCUGUUCGAUGUGACAACUGGAGGCAACGUCCUUGGCACAAAUGUUGCAAAACAUUGGUUGGCAGAGAUAUGUGCUGGAUUGCAAUACCUCCAAGAGAGUAAUAUCGCUCAUCGCGAUAUCAAGAGAGAAAAUAUGCUCUUGUCGACCACAGGGCACAUGAAGAUCAGCGACUUCGGGUUUGCUAAAUCUGAAAUGACCGCCACUCAACGGACUCGAACAGUCUGCGGAACCAGUGCGUGUAUGUCGCCAGAAGUCUUCAAGGGUGAGGGAUACACCCGUGCUACUGAUGUCUGGAGCUUCGGAAUUAUCGUCGUGGAGUUGAUGAGUGGAAGCAGUGUGUUCAGAGGCAUGGGUCGUGACAAAAUCAAAGCGACGUUGAAAAGUUUGGAGGAUUGUGCCACUCAACUCCAAUUGCCACCGCUUCCAGAAGAUGCUUGUAACUUGGCCAGGAAAAUGCUCUGCUUUGAAAUCAGCAGAAUCAGUUUGGAGGAAAUCGAGAAGCACCACUUCUUCUCGUGCAUCCAAUUCGAUAAACUUCUUUCAAAGAGUAUUGAUGUCUCUGAAAACGACACUGUUUGGAGUAAGAGCGACUGCACUGAACCAGUCGUAAUGGUUGACGACGGCGAUGAGAACCCAUUCGAAGGAUUUGAUCUCCACUUGGAUUAG